AUGGCUGUAGCUAACACAGAAUGCAACAUUAAGGUGUUGUGUCGUUUUCGCCCAUUGAAUCAGUCUGAAAUCAUCCGUGGAGAUAAGUUCAUCCCAACGUUUCAAGGCGAUGACACUGUCAUUCUUGGGGGGAGAUCCUACGCGUUCGACCGGGUGUUUCCCACCAACAGCACCCAGGAGCAGGUGUACGACACAUGUGCCAAGCAGAUUGUUAAAGAUGUUCUUGGGGGGUACAAUGGGACCAUCUUCGCCUAUGGACAGACCUCUUCCGGGAAGACACACACCAUGGAGGGGAGGCUGCACGACCCUCAGGGCAUGGGCAUCAUCCCCAGGAUCGCAGAAGACAUAUUCAAACACAUAUUCGCCAUGGACGAAAACCUAGAGUUCCACAUCAAGGUGUCCUAUUUUGAGAUCUAUAUGGACAAAAUCCGGGACCUGCUGGAUGUGACUAAAACUAACCUGUCGGUGCAUGAAGACAAGCACAGAGUGCCCUAUGUGAAGGGCUGCACGGAACGAUUUGUGACAAGUCCAGAGGAAGUGAUGGACGUCAUUGACCAAGGCAAAUCCAACCGCCAUGUUGCAGUCACCAAUAUGAACGAGCACAGUUCCCGCAGCCACAGCAUCUUCCUGAUCAACAUCAAGCAGGAGCACGUGGAGACGGAGCAGAAGAUCUGCGGGAAGCUCUACCUGGUCGACCUGGCUGGCAGUGAGAAGGUCAGCAAGACGGGAGCAGAGGGAGCAGUGCUGGAUGAGGCCAAGAACAUCAACAGGUCUCUGUCCGCCCUGGGGAACGUCAUCUCUGCCUUGGCUGAGGGCACGAAAACCCACGUGCCGUACCGGGACAGCAAGAUGACUCGCAUCCUGCAGGACUCGCUGGGUGGGAACUGUCGCACCACCAUGUUCAUCUGCUGCUCUCCCUCCAGCUACAACGACGUGGAGACCAAGUCCACGCUCAUGUUUGGCCAACGUGCUAAGACCAUUAGGAACACAGCUUCGGUGAACCUGGAGCUGACAGCGGAGCAGUGGAAGAGGAAGUAUGAGAAGGAGAAGGAGAAGAACCGGGCCAUGAAGGAGGUCUACCAGAGGCAGGACGACGAGCUCCGGCGCUGGAGGAGCGGGGAAAACGUCCCUCAACCGGAGCCGCUGAGCCCAGGGUCGCUUGGUGGGCAGACUGCGGCCCCCGGGGUGGACGGGCCCUCCCAGGACAUGUGCAGCCCCUGCAGCCCCUGCAGCCCCACAGACUCCAUCGUGGUGCGCAUCUCCGAGGAGGAGCGGCACAAGUACGAGGACGAGAUACGCAAGCUCUACAAGCAGCUCGACGACAAGGAUGAUGAGAUCAACUACCAGAGCCAGAUGGUCGAGAAGCUGAAGGAGCAGAUGAUUGACCAGGAGGAGCUGCUGGCGUCGUCCCGCGGGGCCAGUGAGAAGGUGCAGUCGGAGCUGUCCCGCCUGCAGAGGGAGAGCGCCUCAGCCAAGACAGAGGUGAAGGAGGUGCUGGAGGCCCUGGAGGAGCUGGCCCUCAACUACGACCUGCGGAGCCUGGAGGCCGAGGAGAAGAGCCACAAGAACAAGCUGCUGGCCGACGAGCUGGCCAAGAAGAUGACCCGCCUGGUGGCGUUGGAGGCGGAGCUAAGCCGUAUCCAGGAAGCCAGCGGUCGCCAGCGGAAACGCAUCGCAGAGGUGCUGAACCGGCUGAUGAGGGACCUGAGUGAGUUCGGCACCGUCCUGGGAUCUGGGGACGCUAAGCUGCCUGUGGAGGUCUCCGGGGGGCUCGAGGAGGAGUUCACGGCGGCGCGCCUCUACAUCAGCAAGAUCAAGUCGGAGGUGAAGUCCAUGGUGAAGCGCUGCCGCCACCUGGAGAGCCUGCAGACAGAGUGCUACCGCAAGACGGAGGAGACGGGCCGGGAGUUGUCCUCCUGCCAGCUUCUCAUUUCCCAGCACGAGGCCAAGAUCCGCUCGCUGACGGAGUACAUGCAGGAGGGGGAGCAGAAGAAGAGACGGCUGGAGGAGGGCUACGACUCCCUGAGCGAGGAGCUUGCCAUGCUCCAGGCCCGAGAGACUUUGGCCCAGGUUUCCAGGAGGGAGAAACAGAUGGCUGUCAAGGAAUCUGAUGAUACACAGAGAGCCCUGGAGCAGCAGAUGGAGGUGCGUCGUCGGGCUCACAGCAAGCAGCUGGGGCGCCUGCGGGACGAGAUCAAUGAGAAGCAGAAGACAAUCGACGAGCUCACAGAUCGUAACCAGAGGCAACAUCUGGAGCUGGAGCAGCUGCACGGGGACUAUGAGCACCUCCGCGGGCGCGAGCGCCACAACAGCCGACGGCUGGAGGAGCUGAUAUUUCUUCACGAGCGUCACGAGCAGUCCAAACAGGAUUUGAAAGGCCUGGAGGACACCGUUGCACAUGAACUCCAGACCCUCCACAACCUCCGGAGGCUUUUUGUCCAGGACCUCACGACUCGGGUCAAACGGGGUUCCCAAAUGAAUCCUGCCGAUUGCGGGGGUUUCAUCACCCAGAAGCAGAAGAUAUCCUUUCUUGAAAACAACCUGGAUCAGCUUACGAAAGUUCACAAACAGCUGGUACGGGACAAUGCAGACCUGCGCUGCGAGCUCCCCAAGCUGGAGAAGCGCCUGCGCUCCACGGCGGAGCGGGUCAAGGCCCUCGAGGGGGCCCUGAAGGAGGCCAAGGAGGGCGCCAUGAAGGACCGCCGGCACUACCAGCAGGAGGUGGAGCGCGUCAGGGACGUGAUGAGGGCCCGCAACCCCCUGCGCAGACCCUACGCCGCGCAGAUAGCCAAGCCGGUACGCCCGGGACACUACCCACCAGCCUCCCCCACCAACCCCUUCUUCGUGCGGGGCUACAGUGGCCACGGCACGGCCACCUCCUCCAGCAACACUGUGACGGACCACCAGACAGCUGCUGCUCCUCCUGCGGCCCCCCCAGCCCCGCAGCCGGGGAACGCGGCCGACGUGAAUGACAACAGACGUUUUCUAUGGGACAACCAGGCGGGCUCAACCCCGACCCCGCGCUACGGCCUGCAGCCCGAGGCCUCGGCCAGCUAG